AAGUUUGUGUAGAUCCACAUUUGGGGCAAGUUUGUGUAGAUCCACAUUUGGGGAAAGUUUGUGUAGAUCCACAUUUGGGGCAAGUUUGUGUAGAUCCACAUUUGGGGAAAGUUUGUGUAGAUCCACAUUUGGGGCUAGUAUGGGUAGAUCAACAUUUGGGGCUAGUUUGGGUAGAUCAACAUUUGGGGCUAAUUUGGGUAGAUCAACGUUUGAGGCUAGUUUGGGUAGAUCAACAUUUGGGGCUAGUUUGUGUAGAUCAACAUUUGGGGCUAGUUUGGGUAGCUCAACAUUUGGGGCUAGUUUGUGUAGGUCAACAUUUGGGGCUCGUUUGAGCAGGACCACGUUUGCGGCAAGUUGAAUGGACCCAGAUUUGGGGCAAAUGUGAACCUAUGAAACUGAAAUUUCAUAAACCUAUGAAACUGAAAUUUCAUAUCACAGACAAGCCAAAAAGACAGGAGCAAUAAUACUCCAAAUGUGCCCCAUGACAGUAACUUUGAAAGGGGGUGUAGAGGGAGCAUCACUUACUUUUCUUUGUACAGAGGAGCGGAGUUUUCGGAAACUGAUUAAGUUUUAUUCUUGGUCGGGGAGUGGCCCUGGGCAGCACUAACCUUACUAUCUACUGCCGCACGAACAGUAACAGGUAACGGUCAAGCAGAUAUUUUGCCACAAUAGUUUAUGACAAAAUUGAUUAUAAAUAAAAACAUUUUAAAAAAAUAAAUAAAUAAAAUAGAAGUUUGCUUAAAAGGAAAGUAAAACUAGACAGAACUGAAUCAACCGAAAAUGAAUGCAGACAUAAUUAUAACGUAAUUCUUCCUUGUGCUGUCCCAAUGAAGCUACUACUACUAGCCAACUUGGGAUUUAAAAAAAAAUUGAAAUAAUUUAACAUUAAGGACUGAAAAGAACAAGUGGACAUUCCUGUCAGGGUCUCAGUCAAAUGAGGGAGUCAGUUGAGGGACAAAGUGGAUGUCCCCUAAUGAUUUUAUAUUAUAUAUAUAUAUUUUUUGGGCGAAAUAUUCCGCCGGAAUGGCCGGAACACGCACUGGUUCGACUCUGGUCGGGAUCUUGGGGACGCUAACGGAACUGGU